GUGCAAAACGGAUCUGUGCAUCAGAAGGAUGGGUUAAAUGAUGAUGACUUUGAACCCUACUUGAGUCCCCAGGCCCGGCCGAAUAAUGCAUACACUGCAAUGUCCGAUUCCUACUUACCAAACUACUACAGUCCCUCCAUUGGAUUCUCCUACUCCUUAGGCGAAGCUGCCUGGUCUACGGGGGGUGACCCACCCAUGCCCUACCUAACCUCUUACGGACAGCUGAGCAACGGGGAGCCUCACUUCCUCCCAGACGCCAUGUUCGGGCAGCCAGGGGCCCUUGGCAGCACUCCGUUUCUCGGGCAGCACGGCUUUAACUUCUUUCCAAGUGGGAUUGACUUUUCGGCUUGGGGGAAUAACAGUUCUCAGGGACAAUCCACUCAAAGCUCUGGCUAUAGUAGCAAUUACGCCUAUGCCCCUAGCUCGCUGGGUGGAGCGAUGAUUGAUGGGCAAUCUGCCUUUGCUAACGAGACUCUCAACAAGGCUCCUGGCAUGAACACCAUCGACCAAGGGAUGGCAGCUCUGAAGCUGGGCAGCACAGAUGUUGCAAGCAACGUCCCCAAAGUCGUUGGUUCGGCUGUCGGUAGCGGAUCCAUUACCAGUAAUAUCGUGGCAUCUAACAGUUUGCCUCCGGCUACUAUCGCUCCUCCAAAGCCGACCUCCUGGGCUGACAUCGCUAGCAAACCGGCUAAGCAGCAGCCCAAGCUGAAGACCAAGAAUGGCAUUGCAGGUUCAAGUCUUCCACCGCCUCCGAUAAAACACAACAUGGAUAUUGGAACUUGGGAUAACAAAGGGCCGGUGGCAAAAGCCCCGUCGCAGGCCUUAGUUCAGAAUAUUGGUCAGCAGCCAGCCCAGGUGUCCCCCCAGCCCGUGGGUCAGCAGAUCAGUACCAGCCCACCGGUGGCACAGGCUUCAAGCGGGCAGCAGCCCCAGCCGCUGCCCCCGCCGCCACCGCAGCCGGCCCAGCUGCCCGUGCCACAGCAGGCGGCUCAGCCCACCCGCUGGGUCGCCCCUCGUAAUCGCGGCAACGGGUUUGGUCAAAACGGAGUGGACGGUAACGGAGUGGGACAGUCUCAGGCCAGUUCUGGUUCUGCUCCUUCGGAGCCGCACCCGGUCUUGGAGAAGUUGAGAUCCAUCAAUAACUACAACCCCAAGGAUUUUGAUUGGAACCCAAAACACGGCCGGGUUUUCAUCAUUAAGAGUUACUCUGAGGACGAUAUCCACCGUUCCAUUAAAUAUAACAUCUGGUGCAGUACAGAGCACGGCAACAAGAGACUGGAUGCCGCCUAUCGCUCCAUGAACGGGAAGGGCCCCGUUUACUUACUGUUCAGUGUCAACGGUAGUGGUCACUUCUGCGGAGUAGCAGAAAUGAAAUCUGCUGUGGACUAUAACACGUGUGCGGGUGUGUGGUCCCAGGACAAGUGGAAGGGACGUUUUGAUGUCAGGUGGAUUUUUGUGAAGGACGUUCCCAACAGCCAGCUGCGGCACAUCCGCCUAGAGAACAACGAGAAUAAACCAGUGACCAACUCCAGGGACACUCAGGAGGUGCCUCUGGAAAAGGCUAAGCAGGUGUUGAAAAUCAUUGCCACCUACAAGCACACCACCUCCAUCUUUGAUGACUUCUCACACUAUGAGAAACGCCAAGAAGAGGAGGAAAAUGUUAAAAAGGAACGCCAAGGCCGUGUCAAGUAAAAAAGGCCAUUCCUCCCCCAGAGACUGCAGCAGAGGUUGCAUCCCAGCUAUCUUUCUGAGAGCGAAAGAAGGAGCAAAAAAA